AUGGCCCUGGAGCGGAGAAUGGGCCGCGGCGAUAGGAAGGCACCACGGAGUCGGCCAGUGGCCGGAGCCUGCCCCAGCCCCCACCCCGCGGGUAACCUUGGAGGCGCCCUCGGAGAGGCGGGAGCUUGGGGACGGGGAGGGGGAGCGGGGACCGGCGCCUCCUGGCCGCCGCCACAGCGCCCCGGGAACUGCGGGUUACCCAGGCGUCCAGCCCCCACCCCCGGUCCUGGCCCUCAGGCAGCGGUCCCCGAGGAGGCGGCAGCCAUCCCACUGGAUAGUUCUGGCGACCUGUGCCUGAGGACUGGGGCCGAAGGGCGACGUGGGAGCAGGAGCGAACGGGCGGACAUGAAAAAACAGCUUGGUAAUGCCGGGCAAGCGAGCAAAGGUUAUCCUUGCCACCACAGCACCUGCGAAAGCACAAGUGGAACUCACAUAUUUUGCUUCCUGAGUUCUAAAAUGGCUUCUGAACCGUCCAGAGGGGUCUUGCUAAGUUGCCAAGGCUGGCCUCAAACUUAAAUCCUCCUGUCUCAGCCUUCUGAGUCUCUGGGAUUACUGAUGGAUACACCAUGGGCCCAGUGGCAUAUGUCUCUUGAUGGAUAUGUGACCCUGUUUCAGGUUCUACAAAUAGAAAAAAUGGAUCAAGUCCCUCCUCAUCUGAAAUGAAUAAAAAGUUCUAUUCCACAUAUAGGUCCAUGUGAUAUUAAUAGUGCUUACAUGAAAAAAAAAACAUGCUAUAGACAAAUAAA